UACACUUGUACAGUUCAAAAGGACAAUACAAUCCAACAGGCUCAUCACUAAUUGAUUCACUUUAUUAGCAUUCUCUUUUUUUAAUUUUCCCAAAGUAGUCUCGCUUAGCUUCGUUCCUUGUAUAUAUAUCAACCUACUUUCCAUCAAAUAAAAAUGACUUGCUCAUUAUAUAUCAGAGAAAAUGUCGCAGUCUUACUGCAUGACGGAGGGGAAAUCAUACGCAUGCGUGGGUUGGGUUGAGAAAUACUUCAACGAUUGUCUUUGUAAUAUUAAAGAUGAGAUAUCAUUCGGGUUUGGUUUCAUGAGUCUAAUAUGUUGGGGUGUAGCAGACAUUCCUCAGAUAAUAACCAAUUUUCACACUAAGUCAAGCCAUGGAGUCUCCCUAGCCUUUCUCCUCACUUGGGUUGCAGGUGAUAUAUUCAACCUCGUGGGUUGUCUCCUGGAGCCAGCUACGUUGCCCACACAAUACUACACAGCUCUGCUUUACACAGUGACAACAAUCGUAUUAGUUGUGCAAAGCUUGUACUAUGACUAUAUCUAUAGAUGGCGAAUGCGUCAUCGUCAGAAGAUGAACAACGACAAGGUGGAUGAAGAAGAGAAGAAAGCAGGGCACGACUGUGGGAUUUCAAUAAAACCAAACGGCACAGACAUGACCAUGAAGGCAACACCGAGAAGAACGCAACCAGAACAACUGUAUUAUACGUCAGCUCGAUCAAUGGCUGGAAGUUUUACUCCUCCAUUUAGAGGAGGGUACCUGAGCGGCGAUGAUUGUUGUUCUGAUGAGGAUGAGGCAGCAGCAACCAGCAGAAGACGCUUCCCUGCUACAUGGACAUCGAUGUCCCUCCCUGUAACAGCAUCGCUUAACUUGCCCUUCCUCCACCGGGGUAAUGCUUUCAGAUUUCAUCAUGAAAAUGAGAAUCAGAUACGAGAGAGUGCAGUGGUGGGUCAAUGCCUAGGCUGGCUCAUGGCUGCAAUAUAUAUGGGUGGUCGUCUCCCUCAGAUUUUCUUGAACAUUAAAAGAGGCAGUGUAGAGGGACUAAAUCCUCUCAUGUUCAUCUUUGCACUCAUCGCUAAUGCCACUUACGUGGGAAGUAUUGUUGUACGAAGCAGCGAAUGGGAAAGCAUCAAAGCAAAUAUGCCAUGGUUGUUGGACGCCAUAGUCUGCGUGGCCUUGGACCUAUUUAUAAUAUUGCAGUACACCUACUAUAGAUACUUCCGGAGGCCAACAAUUGAUCAUGAAGCUGAUUAUGGAUUCUACCAAGAAGCCAGAAAAGUUGCCGCAGCCUCUUGAUUACCUUUCCCCAAAUUGAACCAAAA